AUGACACAAUCGUCGUUAUUGAAUUUUUUCCCUGUACCAGUAGAGGAGGAGUGUCUUACGGAUGACAAACGUCGGCGCGGCACAUGCAUGAACACGUACGAAUGCCGAAUUCAACAAGGAACAUCACACGGUCCAUGCGCCCUUGGUUUCGGUGUUUGUUGUGUAUUUACAGCGAGUUGCAACAGUGAAGUUGGUAAUAACCUGACGUACGUGUUGAGCCCGGGAUUCCCAAACCUCAUCGAUCAGCCCAUGAAUUGUUCAGUGAUCAUCAGAAAGAUAGAGCCCCAAGUCAGCCAGCUCCGUAUCGAUUUUUUGCAUUUUAAUAUCGGUCAGCCGAACAGACGAACCGGUGGAUGCGACGAGGACAUAAUGGAAAUCACGAGUGGCGAUCGAAUAUACCAACUUUGCGGGUGGAAUAGUGGACAGCACAUGUACGUGGACGUGUCGGAGGGUCCAGUGACCCUUGACUUCAUUCUACCCAGCAGUCUGCAAUCCCGAAUGUGGGAAAUGUCAAUAGUUCAAUUGCCAUUCGAGCAACGUGCACCAGCUGGCUGUCUCCAAUACUUUGACACACCACGUGGUACUCUAAAAACGUUAAACUACUUACCAAACGGCCGAUACUUAUCGAAUCAGGAUUAUCUGCUGUGCAUACGUCAGGAGAGAGGGAUGUGCAGCAUUGCAUAUUCACCGUGCAGCAGUGAUUCAUUCAAGAUAGGUCCCAGUAGAUUAACUGGAAACCAGAGUGAUCAGGUGGGCCUGGGAGAUGGCUCUGGGGCUGGUAGUGAUGAUACCACUCCUGUCAGACGAUGCAGUGAUCGCGUUCUCAUCCCAUGCGACUUUGAGGAAUUCAUAACGCCGGGCAAUGAUGGCGCUGGUGUCUGUGACCUUGAGCAUUGUGGUACAUCACUUUGUGGACCCGGGGAGAUGGACACUGAGGGUAAUUGCCGUGUGGAAACAUCGGCCACUCCAUUCCAUAUAAGGGUGGCGUUUGGCACAGGAAAUGAGAAUUUCACGUCAAUGGAAGACAUGAUUGGUAUGUGCAUCAAUUACGAACAACUCCCUUGUGUAUCGUGAAACAAUUUAAUGUCAAAGUUAGAUUGUGUGGGAGUUAUAGGUGAGAUAGUUAAUAAUAUGUAAGUUGAACUGUACGUUAAUUUUUUAAGGGGUUACUUCUACGAGUUUUAAGCCAGUGACAUCUUCCUGGUGAACAAUUAACACAAAAAUUAAUUGGGGAUUUUUGUUGCCUCUGGGAAGCUAAAGAUAUUUUAAUUCAAUGAUAAUUUUGUAUGAGAAAAACUUCGGUUAAAAAAACUGAAUCUUUUGAGCGUCUGAGGGAUAAAUUAAGAGUUUUUGUUUUUGCAUUAGUUAUUAAUUUUUCGACAGAUAUAAUCAAUGUCCGAUGCAGAUAAAUCUCCCCCCUCAAUAGUAAGAGAACAAAAAAACUCGUAACAGCCUCCCCUUAAUCACUCAAUAAUGGAUUUUUACUGCGCUGGCGCUUGCUCGAGUUGAAAACAAAAUCAUUGGAAUAUUUGAGACAACAUGACGAUGUGCCACCGUCAAAUUGACUCGGUCAGUAUCGAUUAGCUUUAAGUGUACAUAGUAGGGGUAUUUCUAGAGACAUGGAAAUAGAUAUUAAUUGGCAAAAGUUGCAGUGAUAUUUUGUAGUCUAUUUAAUAAAAACAGGCUGAGUAAAUACAAGUUGGCUGUUGUUGUAAUUUUUUUAUAAAGCCCUCGGUAAUAUUUAAUUGAGGAAGGAUUAUAAAAACAUGUUACUUCAAAGAAUCAAAUAGUUUGUUGUUUUAUUUACAAACCAGCUAGCUCGUCGUAACACAACGCUCGGGCCGUGGUACAAUAAUUUUUGUUAAUCAUAAUCAUUUCAUUUGUCAUUUGUGAAUUACUUUGUGAAAAUUGAAUAAUACAUUUCUCUCUCCAACUUUUAACGAUUUUACGCCAUUUUCCAGCAACAAUCACUCCGUUAUCUACACCCAAGAAGUCGAGCAUUUAUCAACGAUUACAAUAAAAUUUAUAAUUUCUCUCCUACUUUUUUUCUCACUCGCAUCACAAUUGAUUGGAUUAAAUCACGAUAAUGGCGAGUUGAUAAAUAACUGAUAAAUUUUAUUGACGAUAAAAAUUAAUAUCAAUACUGAAAUAGAAUUUUACAAUAAUUUCAUCGUCUCCA